GUUAAAUCACGGUCGUAUUUUGACAUUCACGUUUGUGCCUUUCAACAUCAUGAAAUUUGCGAUUGUUCUUUUCGCUCUUGUGGCGAUGGUGGCUUCACAAGGAGUUAACGUUGUGGACAACACGAAUGGAGUUCACGUAGUGGAUAACAAUGAUGGGGGCAAUCCAUUCCCGAACAACCCAGAUGGCUUCGUCAUCGAUGAAGGUUUCUACCGUCCUUCUAACCCAAGCGGCAACAAUGACAAUUCUGGUCUCUACAUUCCGAAUUACCCGAAAUAUGACGAUCCCUACUACCGUGGAGGCAAGAAGUGAUUUUAAUAAUAAUAUAAUAUGACAAUCUUAUUGUUAUUGUAAAAUGUAUAUAUAGUUUUGUGUUAUAAAAAUAAAAUGUAUGAAAUUCAAAACUUAUCUCUAUUUCCGAUACGAUUCCGAUCGACCACCAACCGAUUAAUGUUGUAAUAGGUAUAUUUGUAUAAGGUUCUUACAGAGCGAAAAAAUCACAUUAAAUGCAGAAACUUUUCAUUUUGUAAUCAAAUUAAGUAUACCCACAGUGCAUACUUUAGUUAUACACCCUGUACACGCCUCUGUGUUAUCAAUUGUUUAUAAAAAUCUGACACGAUCUUGAUAACAUAUCAUUAGAUUUCAGAGAUUUUGAUAAAAUACGGUUUUUCAUAUCAGAGCAAAUCAAAAGAGUUCGCGAUAUGCUUUCACUAUUAUUCUUAGGGUUCCGUAUCUCUAAAGGUAAAAAAUGGAACCUUUUGUAGGGUAACUUUGUUUUCCGUCUUUUUUCAACCAACUUCAAAAAAGGCGGAGGUUCUCAAUUCAAAGCGUAUGUUUUUUUUUAAUGUUUGUUACCUCAUGACAUCCUCAUUUAUUAACCAAUUUUUUUUUGUAUACUUCCAGUUUAGUCCCAUUUUAUUUUCAUGAAAAUUUGUUCCGUAAUUUUGUAUUUAAAUCAAAAUAAUUGAAAUACGUCUUUGAAGUCGGUUCCGUUUUUAUAUUAAAAAGAUUAUUUUACAUUAUAUAUUGAAUCAUGCUUGACAGUAAGCGAUGAUGCAGCCUGUAGUGGAUCUCUCUUGCUUAGAAGAUGCCUAUACACUAUUGACUUGACCCAUGUUAUAGAUAGCAGGGAAAACGGAAGCUGGCAAGGCAUUCUAUAACUUCGCAGCCUGUCUAUUAAGACCCUUUAUCUUGGGAAAGCAUUAGGUAUCGAGUUGAAGUUAAGUCUAAAUACUCGGUCUUUUGAACCUGCGAAAAUCA